GGUUUGAACUUUCUUUUUAGUCUUCAGCUGUUCCAACUGCAGUAGGUGGCCCACUGCCCCAGCUACAGCAGUAGACAUGUGAAAAGUAAAACGAAUGCGCCUCCUUGCCUUUGUGGUAGGAAAAAGCCCCUCGUUGCAAAGCCAUGUGCGGGACCCAAUGGGGGAAGGUUACCAAUAACAGUGCACGUUCCCCGAGUGUGCAGAGAAGGGCCGGGGGUUGCAGCGGGCCGCUCCUGGAUGCCUGAAGGGGCUAGAAGUGGGAAGCCCCUUGCAUGGAAAUCUCACCUCAUUACAACAAGGUGCACGCAACAAACCCACGAAAGUUGUUGCCGAUCCCUGUAAUCGUGCAUUGCGCAACAGGCAGGGUUUAAGGGGGACUUGCCUAAUCCCUCCUACCGGGAAACUCCGGAUUGACGCUGCUUCAGCAAAGCGGCUCGGGUUUACACGGCCCGCAAAGGCAUGGACCCGCCUGGAGGGGUCUUUGCUGUGCAGGACGCCUAGGAGCUGCCUGAUGAGGCUUCUCCCCCCACCCCCUCUUUUUCUGACCGUCCUCCUUAAGAAGGUCCCAGGAGGCAGAAAGUGGACCCCGGUGUUUUGCUCUUAUAGGGAGGAAAAAGUUUCGCGGAGUAACGCUGACAUCCAGGAAAUGAGUAAGGCAGAAAGCCACUAAGCCGGGCACUGCUAGCGGUGAGAAAGGCGAGCAUGGGGCUAAGAAGAAAGGAAGAAAUCCCGGGAAGCCCUUGCCCAUCGAAUCGGCCGGUGGCUCCGUGAGCCCGUGUGUGGACGUUUGCAACAGCAAAGAAGUGGCUGGCGACAAGGCGCAGGAAGAAAUCGCCAUGCCAGCAGGGAUCUUCCGGGUGUGUCUGGUGGUGAUUACAGCCAUCGUUAACCACCCACUCCUCUUCCCCAAAGAGAAUGCCACCGUUCCUGAGUACGCUGAGGACAUCAUCCAGAAGAUGAAGGCGCAUGAGGAGAACCUCCGGCUGGAGCAGCUUCGUUUGGAGCAAGAGAUUGCCGGACAGGAGGCCGUGCUGAAGGCUUUGGAAAAGGCCACGGAGACAGAGGAGCAGAACAUCAAGGAACCUCUCCCCUGGGACUUGUGGAGCGCCAUGUCCAUGGUCAUCUUCCUGCUGAUCGAGCUCUGGAGGCAGGAUUACCAAGAUGGGAACUGGCAGGAGUCAGCCUGUGAGGAAGACGACAUGGCCGUUCUAGGGAAAGCAUUCAAGGGCGUGGCCCUCCCAGACAAGGCCGCAUUGGCCAACUUCUAUGAGAGGUGUAUCCUGGGUGCCACUGGUGACAUGGCUAGGAAGCGAGAGUUGGUGGAAGGCUUUGCGGAUGACUUGCUGGAGGCCCUGAGGAGCGUGUGUAACCGGGACGCUGACAUGGAAGUGGAGGAGUCCAUAGGGGUGGGGAGCAUGUACGAAAACUGGAGGGUGCACAAGCCUUUGGUUUGCGACUUGAUCGUCCCUUUCACUCCCCCAGAGCCAUACCGUUUCCGAUCCCAGACCUGGUGCUCAAGGGAGUCUAUCCGACCAGACAAACAAGGCUACGGCACCAUAAAAGUCUGCAGGGCGGAUGAGGAUACAGCAGGUUGCAUCUGUGGCAAGACUAAGCUGGGGGAAGACAUGUUGUGCCUCCUCCAUAGCCAAACCAACCAGACCAGACCCAGCGGUGAGAUGGAGGAUCUGCUGUGCUUCAAGAACACCCAGUAUCUGGAUGCCGACCAGGUCAUGAAGUGGUUCCAGAUCGCGAUCACCAAGUCUUGGAACAAAAUCUCCCACAAAUAUGAAUUCGACCUCACUUUCAACCUCUUGGACUCACCGGGAGCCCUGAAGAUAAAAUUCAGGUCUGGGAAGUCCAUUGCCUUUAAUCUCACCCCUGUGGUACAGUGUGAAGACUCGGAUGCCUAUUUCAUCUCCCAUUUCCCCCGCAGCGGCCUGACGGCUGAUCCUGCCUCCAGUACUGACUGGUUUGUUACUUUUGCGGUGUAUGAGAGGAGGUUCAUCCACUCCAUCUCCAAAAAGCUGCCUGCCAAUGCCUGCCACCUUAGCUGCCUUCAGAUCGUCUCCUUCCUUCAUGGAAAGCAGUGCAGCUUAACCGGUCCAAGCAGCCUCACCAACUACCACCUGAAGACAGUGAUGCUGCAUUUACUGCAGACUCGGCCCUAUCAGGACUGGGCCGCUGAGAACCUGGAGGCCAGGCUGCAAGACAUGCUGAAAUUUCUGGAGAAAAGCCUGCAGGAAAAGAAGCUCUGCCACUUCUUCAUUGGAAACCGGAAGGUGCCAGAGGUGCUGAACUUCCCAGUAGCGUUCCAGAAGGCAGAGCCACUCAACCUUUUCCGUCCAUUUGUUCUGCACAGGGACGCUUACAGAAAGACGGUGGACACGUUUCAUGAGAUGCUGAGGAACACCUCUGCACUGAUAAACGAGUACACCGUGCACAUUCCCUCUGUGGGACACACAAAUAUGCUCCACAAAGAAUCCCUUUAGCAGAACCAGUGGAAAAAUGCUCUUCCAUCAAGCACAAGUUCCUGCGGCAUCGCAGAAACCUCUUGUAGGCAUUGACAGCAGCAGGAGAGACUCUCUCCUUUCAUGGAAACCAGUGCAGGCCCUGGUUUCUUCAGAGUGGGAGCAGAAGAAAGAAGGGAAAAACUGAAAGAUUUAUGCUGUCAGUGUCCCUCCACUCCACCAAUGGGUUGGCUGGUUUGUUUUUUCCCAUUGUGCACCAGUCCCUGUGGUGGUGACAAGCAACAGACAGGACUAAUCUAUUCAGGUGUCGCAAUGCAAAUAUUGGGGGUUAUUCAGAAUCUCUAAUCAGAUAUUUAGUUUGUUUUUAAAGGAGGAGGAAGGGAAGGGGAUGAGAGGGAAACUAAGAUGGCUCCCACAAAAAAAUAAUGUUGCAAAUGAGACCUCCUACUUGUAAAAAGCCACAGCCCUGUGACUGCAGCUUGAAAGUUUAGUAACAUCUGAUUUUCCUGUGUUUGGGGGUGGAGGGAGUUAAAACCCAGACUCUGCAGAUGAAUUUCAAUCCCCCACGUAGCAGCAGAUAAAGCGGCAUUGAAAUCCACCAUCGUUUUUUAAACUAAUGGAAAUUCAAGUUGCAAAAGUGCCCACUUAGUAGGACUUUCAGCUGCAGCAAAACAACUUCUUCCCCUUUCCUCCCCCACCCAAAUACGUACUUCCUGUACCUUGCAAAAUCCUUCUCCCUUGGGAAGCAUACCGGAGACAGGGGGCAGGAUGCAUUUGUGAUACAAUUAUAAUUAGUCUCUUUCAUUAUCAUCCUGGUAAAGGGCACGGGAGUGGACUUCGUGCCUGGGUGAACAUAUGGUCAGGACAGUGUCCCAUUGCUGCUCUGAAUGACACAAUCGAACAUUCUUUUGAUGUUAGUAUCCUUUGAGCAGCAAGACAGACACAAACAGAGCAGGUUCCUAAGGGACAAACUGUGUUUUCCACUUAAGCAGCUGAUGUGUGUGUAGAGGAACCCAAUGAUGCCGCUGUGAAAUGAGCCCAGAUAUAACAGUCUCCUAGCAAGGUAGAUAUUAACCUCACAGCCUGGUAUGGGUAAUCUAGUACAUUUUUUAUCCUACCAAAGCAGGCAGGCAGAACUGCUAUGACUAGGGAAGAGAGUGGUGUGCAAGGGCAACUGGCAAACAGGAUCUUUAAAGCUGGAUGUGGCAAACUCUUAGUCUCUACAGUAAAACUGCUGUCCUGUCUCUCCUCCUAAACACCCCCCUGGAAGGUCUCCAUCCGCAUUCAGACAAGACUGCCUCAGAAAUGCUGCUGCUUUGAUCAGUUGCUUUUAGGAGUCUCGGCUAGAGUGAGGCGAGGCCCACAGCCUCUGGGAGCAAAGCAUGGUGCUUUUACAACCCCUCCCAAGCUUCAAGCAACCGCAGGAGAGUGAGCGUCUGAGGAUCAAGUCUUGGCUUCCAAAUCUGAGAGGCUUUAAACAGUUUUGUAUUUUGAGGCUAGGGCUCUUGUCUUGGCUGUACACAUCACGUGGCUCUCUUUUUAGAAGAGGGGGAUACUGUCCUUGAUGGCUGCAUAGACAGCACUGGUGAUGCCACCUUUUACAGCAGGGUGCUCUAACCCACUCAACCUAAUCAUGGCACUUCUGCAAAGUAGAUUUGAUCUCAUCUCAUUGAUCAUGACACCCUCUGGCAAUAGACUAAUUAUCCAGCCUGCUGCUGAGAGUGAACCUUCAAGAGAAGGUUCCCCUUUCCAGGAGGAACCAUUAUCCCACCCUUCUGAAUGGAUGCCCAAAUCCACCCUUCCAGUGGAAAGGGGUCCUUAUGCACAAAGGCAGAGGGCAUGAGCUGAGAACUCAGGGGGUUGUAAAGUUUGCUUCUGCGACUAGCUUGCAGCCAGCCUCGGGUGAUACAAAUUGAGCCAUACCCUAGGGCAGCGGUUGAGGGUUGUUAGGUGAUCACCGGUUUUAUCUCUAACCUUACCUAUGACAUUAAAAGUGUUUUUGAUCAGAAAGUGACUUCUGCAUUGUUCAGAAAGGGGGAGAAAAAAGGAGGAAGAAAGUCUAUUGGUUAAUGGCUAAAGUCUCUGAGUCACUUGAGAAGUGAAGCUAAUGGUCUCAAUGCCACAUUCUGGCAGCCAUCUGUCUGCAUCCCCAAACCACCACAUACCAUUGGUGGUCAUUUUUUCAGGAGAAGAACAAGACUGGAGUGACAGGACAUGUCUGGCUGCUCUAGGCAGGGCAUGAGGUAGUGAGUGCUAUUGGGCUUUGGCUUUUAUCAGCACAAGCCAUUAAACAACAAUGUGUAAUCAAAAGGCAGUCACAAGGGACUAACAGGCAACUUGGAUACAAUGAGCAAAAAUAUAAGGAAGGGUGUAGAGAGCAAUAGGGACUUGUAGAUACAUCAGAAGCUCUGUGGAACAAUUUGAAAUGAAAGUAAUGUGCCUCUGGCAGCGGUGAGCUCACAGCGCAUUGUACAGUCCUCACCAGCCCUAUUUUUACACAGCCCUAUCACGUGCAGGGUCUGGGGAGGCAGCUGUGGCUUAUAAUAAUCCACUGAGGAGGGAUCUUGCAGCUAGAGAGAAGUGAAAAUCUGUUUGACAUUUCCUGUGAGGAGUCUGAACUUAGCAUAUCAGAAGCACAGAAAGAAAUCCAUGACCCUGGUGACAGGAAAUGACAUGUCAUGGACUGAAAAAACAAUUUAUAAAAGAAUGGGUGUGUGUGUGUUAGGGAUAAGGGAGAGGACAAGGCCAUUUUUUAACAUCUCUUAUUUCCUUGUGUGAAGUGUCGGAGCAAACCCAUUUUAAAGCCAGCCUAGAUGUCUCAACUGUAAUUCAGUUCUUGGUGGUUUUCGGGAGGGCAUUUAAAAUUGAGUUUGCAACCAUAUGCAGGCAAUGGGGAAGCAGAACUUCACAAACUACCCAUUAUUAGCUACAUGUGAAGCAAUAGUAGGGACUUUCUGGAUCUAUCUGAUUGCUUUGCUAAGGCUGCUUAAACAUGAGGUGCCUACUUUGCAGAGUGAGCAUCUUAAAGAUGUUUACUGCAAAUUCAGGCUGGGAAGGACCAUGCAGAUGCACCUCCCCAUGGGGGAAGUACUCUGUAUUCACACAGCAUGUUUUGGCAAACCUUGUGGAAGCAAUCUCCUUCAUAAGCUAUAUGGCUGCAGUUCUGAGGGGCAGAACCACUGGAGGAUGAGGGUACUUGGAGUCUCAGGUGAUCAGACCUUAAAUGUGGUAGCAAAAAGAGGUAGAAGGAGCAGGCUGGACAUCAUCCUGCAGAGGUGCCCUUCUCAUGCUGGGGUAUUGCUGUUGCUAUUUAUUUGCUGGGGGAACUCUGUCACAAGGGGCUAGGGUUUGUUCCACUGGAGUCUAACCACCUCCAUCGGGGCAGAGUUAUUGCUUUAAUCUUUUACUACAGGCUCUAUCAUGGUGGGGGAACUGAUACAGCCGUGGACCCAAAGUGCAGCCUCAGGGGCCAUUCACCUGCAGGAAAUGCCUUGUGCUGAAGCCAUUAUUGCUAUUCAAGAGCUGAAUGUCUUUUAAGAGAGACUCUUCCAUCUUGGGGGGAUGGGACGGAGUUUCACUCUUCAACAUGUGCCAACCUUGGGACGUGGCAUCUGUGUCUCAGUUCCAUGUGCAGCUCUUCUAUUUCAUAAAGAAAAUUGAACUCUUGGUCCAUCAUUCAAGCAGGGUGUGAUGGUUGUUGCAGUUGGGCUUUUCUAAUGUGUGUUAAUGUGCAAUCUGUAAGACUUCCUGUAAGUGACAGCGAGGAAACAGCAGCGCUUGUCCUGAUCUUACCGGCGUGGCUGCUAAUCAUUGACUGCUUGGUGCUUCUCGUGGGACCAUACGUGGUCAACAGCCUUAUUUAUUACUUGCCUUUUGGGAUACCCUUUUGUAACCUUGCUAGCUUGGAAGGGAGACUGUCCUGUCCUGUAUUGUGGAGGGCUAACCUGAUGGGGAACAGUACCAAAGAUGGGGAUGAUGGGGGAACAGUACCAAAAAUCUUGCAGCUCAAGCUCCCCCUUCCUUGUUUUUUUUUUUUUUUAAGAACAUCCAUAUCCUAUUCCUUUUAAAGGAUACACCAGGAAAACUUUCUGUAUUAAAGCGCUGCUUGUAAAGCCGCAGGUUGUUGAAUUUUGUAUAUUUCUCAUGCAGCUUUAUUUAUAAUAAAAGGAGUAUUAGAAGUCUUGUAUGAAUUCU